UCUGCAUCCACUGACGACCUAUCCCCGGAGGGUAAUUGCUGUACUGGACGCUGCGGGGAACCUGUUGCUUGGUAACGCUUGUGUGGUUACCCCUGAAGUCUGUCGUCUGACUUGGUGCCAGUCUUGUAACUGCACAUCAUGGCUUCCAGUCACACUGUGUUGAUGCGGUUGGUGGCUUCAGCAUAUUCUAUUGCUCAAAAGGCAGGAACAAUAGUCAGGCGUGUUAUUGCUGAAGGAGACCUGGGUAUCGUGGAGAAGACCUGUGCAACAGACCUGCAGACCAAGGCGGACCGAUUAGUUCAAAUGAGCAUAUGCUCUUCUUUGGCACGGAAAUUCCCCAAACUAACAAUUAUAGGGGAAGAGGAUCUGCCUCCUGAAGACGUGGAUCAAGAGCUGAUUGAAGAUGGUCAGUGGGAGGAGAUACUGAAGCAACCAUGCCCGUCACAGUACAGUGCUAUCAAAGAGGAAGACCUUGUGGUCUGGGUUGAUCCUCUGGAUGGUACCAAGGAAUAUACUGAAGGUCUUCUUGACAAUGUAACAGUUCUUAUUGGAAUUGCUUAUGAAGGAAAAGCCAUAGCAGGAGUUAUUAACCAGCCAUAUUACAACUACCAGGCAGGACCAGAUGCUGUGUUGGGGAGAACAAUCUGGGGAGUUUUAGGUUUAGGUGCCUUCGGGUUUCAGCUGAAAGAAGUGCCUGCCGGGAAACACAUUAUCACAACUACCCGGUCCCAUAACAGCCAGUUGGUUACGGACUGCGUUGCUGCUAUGAACCCUGAUGAUGUGCUGCGGGUGGGAGGAGCAGGAAAUAAGAUUAUUCAGCUGAUUGAAGGCAAAGCCUCUGCUUAUGUAUUUGCAAGUCCUGGAUGUAAGAAGUGGGAUACCUGUGCUCCAGAAGUCAUUUUACAUGCUGUGGGAGGCAAGUUAACCGAUAUCCAUGGAAAUGCCCUUCAGUAUAACAAGGAAGUGAAGCACAUGAACUCAGCUGGCGUCCUGGCCACACUGAGGAAUUAUGACUACUAUGCAAGUAGAGUUCCCGAAUCUGUUAAAAAUGUACUUGUUCCUUGAAGGGAAAUCUCGUCGACUCAGCCAGGAGAAGGACUUGCUCCUCAAAAUAAAACAUUUUAAAACUAAUUGGGUGGAAUUUGAGCUCUACCUUUACUUCAUUCAUUGUUGAUCACCGAUUUACAUUUGGUUACUUAGGAGUAGAAAAUUGAAUUUUUUUUUUUUUUUUUUUUUUUUUCGGUAUGCGGGCCUCUCACUGUUGUGGCCUCUCCCGUUGCGGAGCACAGGCUCCGGACGCGCAGGCUCCGGACGCGCAGGCUCAGCGGCCAUGGCUCACGGGCCCAGCCGCUCCGCGGCACAUGGGAUCCUCCCAGACCGGGGCACGAACCCGUAUCCCCUGCAUCGGCAGGCGGACUCUCAACCACUGCGCCACCAGGGAGGCCCGAAAAUUGAAUUUUUAAACGUCUUCAUUAAUGAAUCGACCAGACCAAUUUUGACAUCUGGAAAACUUGUAAAGUCAGUAUAUUUCACAUUUCAUUUUUCCUCCUUUUAUUUGGAGCAGUGAAAGUAAAGCUUAGUUCCAGUUGGCCAUCCUGGUGCACUGUUGAAUUAGCAUUCCUGUUUUGUAAACCAGAUUUCUUUAGGGCACAGAACCACAAGUUAUUACCCAAAUCUCAUUCUUGUCUUUCACAGUAAUGUAAAAGUUUUCCUACUCCCAUUCUGAAUACAUUAAAAUAUCAUUCUAUAUGUUGAUGAAACAUUU